AUGAGCUCGGAGGGUAGCCGCCAAAAUGGGCAACACAGCGGCAGUGAGGAAGGUGAAGGUGACCGUGACCCCCCCCUCACCACCCCCACCCCCACCCCCACCCUCACCCUCAACCUCUCCGUUAACCCCUGCCCUUCCCCCACUCCAACCCACACCUUUGACCCGAUCAUUCAUCCUAUCCCGACCGUCAACCCAACCUUCGACCCCGCCACGACCCCGACGGCCAACCCAGCCGCCGACGCCAACCCAACCUUCGACCCCGCCACGACCCCGACGGCCAACCCAGCCGCCGACGCCAACCCAACCUUCGACCCCGCCACGUCCCCAACGGCCAACCCAGCCUUCGACCCCGCCACGACCCCAGAGGCCAACCCAAUCUUUGACAACACGGCCCCAACCGCCGACGCCAACCCAGUCUUCGACCCCGCCACGACCCCAGCAGCCAACACAACCUUCGACCCCACGACCCCAACCGCCAACCCAAUCUUCGAUGCUUCCACGACCCCAAAUGCCAACUCAACCUUCGACCCCACCGCGAUCCCGACCGCCAACGCCAACUCAACAUUCGGCCCCAUCACAGCCUCGACCACCAAUGUCAACCGAACGUUCAACCCUGCCACCGACCCAACCUUCAACCUCACCCCGACCCAAAACACCUACCAAACCAACCUCAUCCCGACCCAAACCACCGACUCCCACCAAACCUCUGACCUCACUACGACCCCAACUGCCAACACCAACCCGGAUUUUGACAUCGUCACGACCCGAACUAACAACCCAUUCUUCAACCCCACCACGAUCUCAACCAUCUUCACCAGCCCAAUCUUCGAUUUCAGUCCAACCCUGGACACCAUCGCUGUCCCAGUCUACGACACCACCACAAUCCCAGAUUCUAUCCCCUUCCCAUUCUUUGACCUCCACGAGACCUCAGACGCCAAUGCCAUCCCAACGUUUGACCUCAACACGACCCAAGACGCCAUCGCCGUCCCAUUCUACGACCCCGUCACGACCCCAGACUCCAUCACCACCCCGUUCUUCAACUCGGACGCAACCCCAGAUGCCAAUGCCAGUUCAACCUUUGACACCAGUGCGUCCCCAGACACCAAUGCCAAUCCAACCCUUGACCCCAACACAACCCCAGACACCAAGGCUAUCGCAGCUCUCAACCCCACCACAAACCAAAGCACCUGCACCAUCCCAACAAUUAACACUGCCACAGCCCCGCCCACCGACCCCACCCAAAUACAUCUCCCGGACAUCCACUGCCUCGCAAACUUUCCCACAGCCCCAACCUCUGGCCUCAAAUCCAUCACCAGACCAGACAGCGAAGGCCUUCGAACCUUUGGCCUUGGCACAACACCGCCCACCAACGCCAGCCAAGCCCACGAGCCGCACCUCCACAGCCUCACAAACCAUGCCACCCACGAUGCCACAAGCCAUGACCCAACGUCAACCUCUGACGCCCAUGAAGUCCCACCCAGCAAGCCCACCCCCAUCCUUACCCGCUUCCUCCACCCCAGCUCAGGCCACAGCAGGGGUGGAAUCCCAACUUUCGACCCAGGAAAGAGCCCAACUACUUGGGUCUGACCAUCGUUUGAACCCCUCCCCAACACCGAAUGCCAAUGCUCUCCCACCUUUGAACGAAAAUUCCGUGGCUUCUGAAAUGACCCCGUCUCCCACCCCC